AUGGUUUCUGCAACUGGUCUAGGCGCACUUCCUUGCGAAAGGAGUUUUAGUUGUGAGGAAUGCUUGGCCAAUACCUCGUGUAUGUACUGCCAGUCAACAGAGAAGUGUUUGGUCUUCCCGGUGGCGCGACUAGGCAUGGUUUCAUGGUCGUCCUGUCCGCCCAACCUCUCCGCUCUCUACUGGUACAGCUGCCACCUUUCCUAUGCUUACUUCCUUGCCCUCGCGAUCGCAAUCUUCGUUUUCGUGGGCUUUCUCCUCCUCUGCGUCUGCAUUCUAUGCGUCCUCAGACGUCGCUGUAAUCGUAUUGAUCUCGGUGGGACUACUGCUGCCGCCUUUUCCUCUUCCCCCAAUUUUCGUCCUUCCCUUACCUACCACUACGCUAGACGCCUCGUUAGGAAUAGCUUCACCUUUAAGGACUCACCUAAAUCAAAUCGAUUGCUGGAUUCCCCACAGUUUCGCAGAAACUAUGGUCCUACUUGA